CUCACUCACUGUGGACGAUGAUAGUCGAGGUCCAGGUGGAUUUUUACUCUGGUUCCUCUCCCUCCCUCUGGCUCUUAACUCACCCACACACAUGUGGCCGGCAAUGUCACCUUUCCAAACCUGCCCUUUUCUCUCAUAAAAAAAACCCCAAACAAUUUCUUUCUACUUUGAACAGUGUUGAGGUUUUUAAGAAAGUUGCAUUUCCAACAUGGUAGGAGAGGUUGUUGUUGUAGAAGGGGCUGUUAUGUCCCCGCAGUGCCUGUAGUGGUGCUGUGAGGAUUCUGCUGUGGAUCCAACAAAAAUCCUCAGCAGCCUUCCUACUCUUGCUUGUAAUUCGCUCUGGAUAUCUUGUAUUCACAUGCAUUGAUUAUUUUAUGAUAAACCGAGCUCGAUGAAGACCAAUGUUCGGGGUAUCGACGCAAGGAUAGCCUAGCCGGUCCCGGUAAUCAGACUCUCCGUCCGGAGCGAAUCUCCCGCAGCCGCUUCAAAGCUGAUGUUGUCAAGGACAAGAGUCACGUGAUGUAUGAAGGCAAACACAUACACUUCUCCGAGGUGGACAAUAAGCCUUUGUGCUCGUAUAGUCCAAAGCUGUGCAAACAGCGCCGACUAAAUGGCUAUGCGUUCUGUAUCCGACAUGUUCUGGAGGAUAAGACUGCUCCCUUCAAGCAAUGUGAAUAUGUGGCAAAAUACAACAGCCAGCGGUGCACCAAUCCCAUCCCCAAGUCGGAGGACCGCAGGUACUGCAAUAGCCAUCUGCAGGUUCUUGGCUUUAUCCCCAAGAAGGAACGAAAGAAGAAGCAUGAUGCUUUAGAGGAAAUGCGCCCUCGAGCUCACCUGGAGUCAGUGGCUCUCAAUAUAACUGUGCCCUCUUUAGCGUUGAAAGCAACCAACGGUAUAGAGGAGCUUCCACCGUCUCCCCCCUGUGCACAUCUGGUAUCCCUCCCUGACAGGGAGCUCCUGGACCCGUUUGCCUUUUACGAGGAUGACACAGACGGGGAGGAGGUGGGACCACCACGGAAGGGCAGUGCCAUCAAGAAGAAACUACAGAGUCGACUCGUGCUGAACCAGAAACUCUGCCAUGACUCCGACCUCUUCCAGCCACCUCUCGAGCACUUUACAACCUCGUCUGUUCCCCGUGUCGCGCCCCCAUCGCUGCUCAACGCUCAUCUCCCGCGGCAACAGCCAGGUCUCCUCCAGCAGUCUCAGCACUCCGGUGUGACUUCCUUCACCUUUCCAGGACAGCAGCAGGGUUUAUUAUGCAAUCCACCACCACCUCAGACGGCCAACUUUCUGCCUCCAGGGAUACCCGCAAACGCGGUGUCCAGUCCGGGACAACUUUCCGGAUCAUCGCUCAGCAGAAAAACGCCUUUCGCUGCUACUCAGCUGCCGGCCGCACCCAAGGACGGUGGCGGUAACAAUCAGCAGCAUGUGGUCGUCAUGCGUCCCACAACCUUCUCACCUUCUGCCAGCUGCCUGGCCAGGUUGCAACACCUGGUGCAGCUCUGUGCCAAGAGACAUCGAGAGCACGGAGACCUUUUCCCUCAUUUAGGUUUGGACUGGUCAGAGGACAGUGCUGAUGAUGAUACUGAAGAAGGAGAAAGAUUUGCACCAUUUCAGAUUUCAUGGAGGCCACAGAAUAGGUUGGAAGAGGACUGUGGUUCCUCGCGGAGAACGCGGCUACUCAGGCUGUGUUCGUACCUCCAGGAGAAAUACAAGCACAUGUGCAGGCAGGAGAGGGCGAGUAUCCGCCAGAAGAGAUACCGUUAUGCCUUUCGCAAAGCCUUGCUGCACGCUGCCAGCAGUAACCCCGACUGUGCGGGGAAACUGAUCCAGGAGUUGAGCGGCGCCUCUCCCAGCUCAUCAUGUGUGGCUCCGGCGAGGCCCCAGAGCGCGGACGUGGGGACCUGCACCGGCAGUACAAAGGGCCAGGCCUGCAGCAACAGGGCCUUGCCCUUCACUCGACACUGCUUUCAGCACAUUUUAUUGAACCGCUCCCAGCAGCUCUUUGCAAGUUGCACAGCCAAAUUUGCAGAUGGCCAGCAGUGCUCCAUCCCUGUGUUUGAUAUCACACACCAGACACCCCUCUGUGAAGAACAUGCCAAAAAGAUGGAUAAUUUCCUACGUGGCGAUGGAAACCGAAGAGUGCAGCACCAGCACCAGCAGCAGCGAAAGCCGCGUAAAAAGACCAAACCGCCGGCCCUCACCAAAAAACACAAGAAGAAGAGGAGGAGAGGGCCGCGGAGGCCUCAGAAACCCAUCCCGCCAGCACUGCCGCAGGGAAACCUGGGAAUGCCCUCCACGAGCCUCGCCAUCCCCUCACAGGCCAGCAUCAGGAGCCCUUCAACCCCAGACCUGAGUACGGAGGAGCUUCCCGACGACAUCACCAGUGACAUGACUGACAUUCCAAAUGAUCUGGAGCUGAACCAGGAAGACUUCUCCGACGUGUUGCCCCGGCUACCCGACGACCUGCCGGACUUUGACUUAUUUGAAGGUAAGAACGGGGAGCUGCUGCCGACCACGGAGGAGGCGGAAGAGCUGGUCCGGGCCCUGCAGGCUAUGGGGUCGUACCCGGACUCGUUGGUGUGCUUGACCUCCAUGGCCGACCUGACCCACGCGGAGGGAGUGGACCACCGAGCCCUGACGGUGUUCGCCGGAGCGGUGCCGCCGGGGGGCAUGGGGGACCUGCUCACCAGCCGCCUCCCCACCGAGAACUUCCCCAGCCUCGAGCUGGAGGACAACCUGCUGCAGUCGACCGGGGACCACUUCCCUCCCUCGCCGCCGUCUCAGCCCACCAACCAACCCCCCGCAUCCCUGACCUCGUCUUCGUCCGCGGCGGCUCCCUCCGCCACCUCCCUGCUCACUCAGACCUCCAUAUCGGAGCGAACGUUUCCGCGGACACAUGCAUCCCACGUUCUGGCGAAGUCGGACGCGCCCACCUCCUCCCCGCAGGGCAGCCACUACGGCAGUGAGCACGUGCCCUCCCCCUACAGUGACCACAUAUCUUCUCCCCACGCCAGCUCCUUCCAGACAGACACCCCCCUGCUGCUGGAAGUGCCCCUCAGCGGGGUACCGGGGCCGCCUCGCUCCACCUGGAACAACCUCCCGCUCCCCCUCGCCGACCCAACGCAGUUCGGGAAUCUAAUCCGAUCGGAGAGUCAUCUCAUAUCCACGUCCCUGUCCACGCCCCCCACCACCACCAACUCUGUGACGCUGCAGCCCAUGGCCGCUCUCUCAGCGAUGCCCCAGAGCGCCAUGACCGGCCUAACGACUCCCCCCGUCCCCUCGUCCUCGCUCCCCUCCUCGCACGACCUGCUGACCUCCACGCAGCCCAAGCAACAGCUCCCUCAGUUCAGCGCGGCCUUCGGUCAUCAGCUGGCCUCCCACAGUGGCAUCCCAAAGGACGUGCAGCCCAGCCAUAGCUCCACAGCGCCCCCCGCUGGUUUCUCCACGGUCAGUGCCACCGCUGCAUGUGCCAACAUUGUCACACCACCGUUCACACAGAGUAAAUGAGAGCAGGGCGGCGUGCAGCGGCCCAAUGGCCGUUUUUGGACUCACAGUCACUUACAAUUCAGCAGACUGGCUUCUGAUUAACCCCCCCCCACCCCCCACCCCCAUUCCUGUUCGUUUGCUACAUGUGUGCAAUGUGGUAUUGGUGCACUAUUUGAUCAUGAAUUUGCACAAGGUCAGAUUUUCAUCGCUAUGUCUUCAGUUGUCUUUCCUUCUGUUGCCAGACGACGCCUGAGAUUUGAAGUCAUUGUGAGUCAACGCGAUCUAUGCCUUUUUUUUAAAUUUUUUUUUGCGGGUUCGUCAAGCAGGGGGAGUCGCAGUCAGAAAUAAAUGGGUGAAAGUUGGGCGGGAAAGGACCUUUUUAGCGAAGAUGAAUCGUGUUAACGGCGCUCCGGAAGUCGUAGAAGCCAGUGAUCAGUUUUGUUUGCUUUGCCAGUUUCAGUCCUGUCUUAAAAAUAAUCAACUGUGUCCUGCCUUGCUCAGAUGCCUAUCGCAUUAUAAUUAUUCUAUGUGUUUUUUAGAUUUCCACCUGUUUCAAACACUGCGUUUGUCGACCCCUCGGAAGGAAAUGAGUGCACCUCGUGACAUUUCUGUGACCCAUAAUGUUUUAGGCUACAAACCUGUUAUCAUGAUAUAGAGACAUACUUCACAGUCAGAGUCAGACGUCACUGUCAAAUGAACUUACCAAAAUGCUUUUAAACAGAUCUUUUUAUAUUGUGUAUAUUGUAUAAGUGCUCAUUUUAUUCUUUUUUUUCUGCUCAAACGUCAAAAAUGUUCUGACCUCACCAUUGGUUUGUGGCACUCUGAGUGGCCUAGUAGACACUUGAAGGUAAAUCUAGUUUCUUAAAGCAAUAAACACAUUAUCAUAACUAGCAUUAUUGUGAGGUAUUUCAUUGGUGUUAUUCACAUGUAGCUCCAGCCCUGAAACCACCAACUCCAGAUUUAUACCACACUUUUCACUCAGGCCAACUCCCCUCUCUGGCGAGAGGACUUUUUCGAGGCUGAUAAACGAGCUUCGGGGACGUCGGUGGCACACAGCGCAGGGACGUUUAAGUGUCUACUUCCAAAGGUGCUCUCUGGUCCACAUGUUCAAUGGUCUCCAAGCGGCUCCAACGCUCACACGCAGACGAGGCUUUUGGCAGUUGAUUUUAAAAUAUAUAUUUUACUCAUGAGUUAGGUGUACCAUGAUGAUAUAAAUUGGUGUAUUUUGCACGUCUGAAGUAAAGCACUGUCUAUUUUACUCAAAGUGAUAUUAAGCUACAUGAUGCAAACCUGGGGGUCUGGUUCCGGGUUUGGGAGGCGAGACUCGCACAGCAGUACAACCACGGCUUUGGAUGGACAGAUUAUCAGACAUUGUUGAAUAUUAGCUAUAUAGAAUUAGGAGUCUCUAUCUUGGGGUUUGUUGGUGAAUUACAGAGUAGUGAUGGAUUCAAAAGUGUUAUUUGCAAUGUUUUCAGUGGAACCGGUGUCUUGUUGAGUGGCUCUUUGGACUUAAUGGCUAUCGAAACGGUCGCCCCUUUGCCGUCAAUAAUAAUCUGAAAGAUACUUUUGAUAGCUGUUAAACUCCCAGGAGGAUGUCUCGAGGUCACGUUGGCGCGGAAACCAGUUGUGUGAGAGCGUUAAAAAAAAAAAAGAAAAAAAAAAGAAAAGCAAAACAACUUUUAGAUGAUGGUUACCGGCUCGAUGUAUCAUCUUGUAGAGAAACGAGGAUCAACAAACUUCUUUUUAUGUAGAUUUGCACAGGAGUGGAUGAGGCCGGUGGUGUUUCACAUGUCCCGUGUCGGAUUUGCCUUUUUUUUUUUUUUUUUUAUUUCUCCCCCACCCUGCCCCCCCUUUCGUGCUCGGACUCUCAGUACAUGAACAGCUGCCGUCGCUACCAGCUCUGAGCCUGCACCAGACCCACGGCUCCAGCUGUGAGAAGGCCCAGUUCUGUCUCUCCCUUCCAAAGAGAGAGAGAGAAAGAGAAAAAUGUAAAAAACAAAAAAAUCAGUCUGAAGUGCAAACAUGUAGCUCUGCCAGAGGCGACUGGUCUUCUCGGCGAAUGCAGCAUCACUAAUCAAAACGGAGGAAAUACAAAAAUAAAACAUUUGAGAUAGGAAAAGAAAGAAAAAGAGAAAUCAGGUCAGCUGAGAUGAUUUGAGAUGAGUCAGUACUGCUGUAACCAUGUGGCGUGACUUUGGUCGCUGCGCCAGUUUUGCUCUCCUGGAAACCGCAUAGAUCAACAACAUUCGACAGGGCUCGUAGGCACAUGUAACUGCUCCAAUUCAGAGAUGGCAUACAAAUUCCUAUACUCAUUGAAUGUACUGUAUUACUGUUUUUAAGGAUAGGAUGAGCUAAUCUAGUCACCUUUUGUUAUCUGGUCCUCGUUUGAUUUGUCUAAGGUAUUUUUUGUAUACAAAAGUUUACAUUUUUAUGUAUAUUUUUCUUGUGUACAAAUGAUGUAAUAUGUGUACAAACACUGUAUGUAAUAUGUGUAUAUAGUGUGAGAAAUUUGAUCUUUUGUUUUUGGAUGUAUAAAUAAAACUUGCUGUGAGGUAUGUGCUGGCAGAAGUGGAUCGUGUUUACAAGGUCGAUCUCGAUUAUUGCAUAAAAUUUGAGGUAUUUGUUUGUGGAGCGCGCUCGGGUCAUUCCAAACCCUCGAUUCCUUCACUGUUCACUCGUCCUGAUGCAGAUUUGCUGCUGUGUUUGGGAUCAAUAUGCCGUUUCCUGACCCAGUUGCAACAGAUGAAAGGCCUCAGAUUUGCCUCUAGAACAUUCCUGGUUCUUUUUCGAUGGAAAAGGCCUCCUAGAGAUCCCAAACAAGCCGCACUUGUUAAGUCUUCUAAUUGUGCCGCUGUGGACUUCAAAGCUUUAACGUGCUCACUGAGGCCUGUGGGAUGUGCUGUUCUUGGGCUCGUUUUUUUUUUUUUUUUUUUUUUUUUCAAUGAUUGGUCCGACCUUGAGGUAAAUUUGCUGCAACAUCCACAUCUGAAAUAACUGGCAACAGUUUUAGAUAUUCUCCUCUUGUAAAUAAGCUUUCUCGCCCCAAAUGUUUGGUAAUUAUUUUUUUCAUGGUGUGGAAUAACCCAUGCUUCUCUAUGAAUAAUACUUAUGUAUGUAUUUUCUUCUGGGCAUUGUGUUAAAUACUGGAAUGCUUCAGAGGAGCCAACU